AUGAAGGUUUUUGAGCGUGUCCUAGAAGCUCGUUUGAGGAAAAUUGUCAGCGUUUCACUCAACCAGUGCGGCUUUGUGAAGGACUGCAGCACUAUAGAUGCUAUUCAUGCUGUCCGUAUCCUCCUGGAGAAACAUCGAGAGAAGAACCGCAGUGUGCAUCUUGCUUGUCUCGAUCUCGAGAAAGCUUUCGACCGUGUCUCACAUGAGCUGCUAUGGAUGUCCUUGAGAUCGCAUAGAGUACCAGAAGAAUAUGUGCGGUGGACAAAACUGCUUUAUGCGAAGCUUACCAGCGUUGUCCGAUGUGCUGCUAGAACAAGCAGGCCAUUCCCUGUACAAGUAGGGGUUCACCAGGGUUCAUCCCUCUCACCCCUGCUGUUCAUACUGUGCAUGGACACGAUAACGAAGGAAAUCCAGAAGCAGCACCCGUGGACUCUACUCUUUGCCGAUGAUGUCAUGCUCGCGUCGGAGUCUCGAGGUGAUCUUCAGAAACAAGUACAGUCUUGGAAGAAUCGGCUGCAGAAAUAUGGAUUGCGCCUCAACACAUCAAAAACUGAGUACAUGGAGUGCGGACCAAGGAUAGAGGAUGGUUCAAUUCGUGUCGAUGGCACCGAAUUGAACAAGGUGAACUGUUUCAAACACCUUGGAUCCAAAGUGACUUCCACAUGCGACAUUGAUCAAGAAGGUCGAGCACGUGUUAAUGCUACAUGGAUGAAAUGGAAAAUGGCAACAGGCGUACUGUGCGACAAGAAAGUCUCUGUUCGACUGAAGUCGAAGAUCUACAGGACGGUUGUGCGUCCUGUAGAUCUUCGACUUCAGUCGAACAGAGACUUUCUGUUGCACUUUACGGAUGCGAGUGCUGGCUGA